CAGAGACACGGCCCAGGGAGAGCAGAUCCGGUGCUAGGAGCAGAGCUGCAGCCACAGAGCCAGGGCUUCUUCAGACAGUAGACUAAUAACCGGCACCACCUUCAUCUGGUCAUCUGGGUACAAGGAUGGCCUCAUCAGGAACAGCAAGCGGCACUGAUUGAUAAACCCUCAGAACUUGUGGCAGUCUGCAUCAAACCGUUCUGGCAAGAGGUCCUGCAAGGAGCUCUCCGGGACUUUCUGUUCUCCCCAGUGUGUUACAGUUCAGCCUGUGGAAUGUGAGUAGCUGGCAAUUGACCUGCAAGUUCAACAUCUUUCCUGAAUUCCAAAAAAUCUGAAAAAAGAUAUUACAAAACUGGAGUCACCAUUAGGUAAAAAGCCCUUCACAGAAUAUUCUUCUUCGGUGUUUAUAUAAUCUAAACCAAGAACUCUGACAAGGUUUUUGUGCCAUGAAGUUUUUAUUUAAACUCCAGAUUUUUAACUCUGUUUGGACCCCGAAGUCACCUUGUAGAUUCUUCAGCAAACAUUGCCGAGGAUUUGCCCCUCAAAAUAUCUCUGGCUAUGAAUCCCCGAGCCUCUAUAAAGAGUUGCCAGAGCACUUUAAUUUUGCAAGUGACGUUUUGGACAAAUGGAGUCAAAUGGAAAAGAAUGGAGAGAGAGCCUCCUCAAUCCCAGCCCUCUGGUGGGUAGGUGAUCAAGGCAAUGAGGUAAGGUGGGGUUUUGAGGAGCUGGGAUUUCUAUCCAGGAAAGCAGCCAAUGUACUCUCUGAUGCAUGUGGUCUGAAAAAGGGAGACAGAGUUAUAGUGAUGCUACCCCGGAUACCAGAAUGGUGGUCGAUAACAGUGGGCUGCAUAAGAACAGGAAUUAUCUAUAUUCCAGCAACAACCCAGCUGACAGCUAAUGACAUUUUCUAUAGACUCCAGGCUUCUAAGGCCAAAUGCAUCAUUACCAAUGAUACACUGGCACCUGCAGUGGACUCAGUUGUGUCCAAGUGCCAGUUUCUAAAAAUCAGGCUAAUGGUAUCUGAAGGCAGGAGGGAUGGAUGGCUGGACUUCAAAGAACUACUCAAAGCUGCACCUGGUGAUCAUGACCCUGUUAAGACAAAGAGUCAAGAAGCAAUGACUAUCUACUUUACUAGUGGAACCACAGGUUACCCCAAAAUGGUGGAACAUUCUCACAGUAGUUUUGGUAUUGGAAUGACCUCGACUGGGAGGUUUUGGUUGGAUUUAAAUCCCUCUGACAUAUUGUGGGGCCUGUCUGACCCAGGCUGGGUAAAAUUUGUCUAUGGCUCUUUCUUUUCUCCAUGGAUUCAGGGAGCGUGUGUCUUUACAUACAGCAUGCUGCAGUUUGAGGCAACAACCGUCCUGAAUUGUCUGUCCAGGUUUCCUAUAACCUCUUUCUGUGGUACACCAACUGUUUAUCGCAUGCUGGUGCAGCAUGAUCUUACCAGCUACAAGUUCAAGAGCCUGAAGCACUGCCUAAGUGGGGGUGAGCCACUCAACCCUGAAGUGAUGGAGAAAUGGAAAAGCAAAACAGGGAUGGAUAUCUAUGAAGGAUACGGCCAGACUGAAACAGUUUUGAUAUUAUCAGUUUGCAAAGGGAUGAAAAUUAAACCUGGUGCUAUGGGAAAGGUGUCUCCAUCUUAUGAUGUUCAGGUAAUAGAUGAAAAUGCUAAUAUUCUGCCUCCUGGGGAAGAAGGAGAUAUUGCCAUCAGAAUCAAACCAACAAGGCCAUUUUGUCUUUUCUCUCAUUACGUGGAUGAACCAGAGAAAACUGCUGCAUCAGAACGUGGGGAUUUUUAUAUCACAGGAGACAGGGGCAUUAUGGAUGAAGAUGGAUACUUCUGGUUUGUUGGAAGAGCUGACGACAUCAUUUUAUCUUCUGGGUAUCGUAUUGGACCAUUUGAAGUAGAAAAUGCCUUGAUGGAGCACCCGGCAGUAGCAGAAGCAGCUGUUGUCAGCAGCCCAGAUCCCAUCAGAGGAGAGGUGGUGAAAGCCUUUGUUAUUCUGUCUCCUGACUUUGCAUCACCUGAUCCAGAAAAAUUAACUAAGGAGCUGCAAGAGCAUGUCAAAAAAGUUACUGCACCAUACAAGUAUCCCAGAAAGGUGGAAUUUGUUCAACAGCUACCAAAGACAAUCUCUGGGAAAAUCCGAAGGAAGGACUUAAGGAACAAAGAGUGGGGGAGAACUUAGCUUUGUUGUGGAGUUAAGAGCAUAAAUUUUCAUUUCUGCUAUAAUCAUUUAUUGCUUCUUCAGGCUAUGACCUGUCCUCUGUUGACAUCAGAAGGAGCUAGAUAGUAUUUGUGAUGAGGAAUAGACAUUGUCACUGUUUGCUGUAAUUUGCAAUGUUCCGGGGCCUUGGGAUGGUAAUGAAACUCAGUGGACUUGAUUCUCCUACCUUUUACACUGAUGAAAAUCAAGAGAAACUUAAUUGAAGGCAAUACUAUGAGAGGAGAAUCAGACCCGAAACUCCUCUUUAUCUUUCUGUUUGAUUAUUUUCCAUCUAUGCCUUAUCGUUCAAUACUGACUGUUACACUGCUGGCAGGUAUGUGUCAAAUGUUGUUUUGUGAAAAUAUUGUGUCAUUAUUUUUAAUGGUCAGAUUAGCUUUAUAGGAUACUAGAUAACUUUGAGGUGGAAAUUAUUGCUAAAUUGUCUUCUAUCAGCCACCAUCUUUUUGUGCAUGUUAGUUUGAAAAAAAUAAAAGAUUUCCUGGGUUGUGAAA